GCGAUCUACGUGGCUGUCUCAGUACCUGUAUUUACCACGAGUUCCUUCGAGCUCGCUGCGUGUGGCGAGAUGACGUUCUUGCAGUUGCUCCCGGGCGUUCCGCUAGUGCUCUUGGGAGUGCUAGCACUGCCUGUGGUCAUCACGCUUGUGCAAGAAGUUAUCACCAAGCGCAAGUAUAGGCACAUUCCUGGCCCCAAGCCCCAGCCCAUCAGCGGCAACCUCCGGGAGUUCCUCACAUCCCCCGGCGGCCUGCUGGGGUGCCUGGAGGGCUGGGUGAAGCAGUACGGCGACCUGCUCACCUUCCGACUGGGCAGCCGCCAGUUCGUGCUGGUGGCAGACCCGGACGCCGCGCGCAACGUGAUGGUGCGGCUGCCCAACCACGCCGCAAUGUCCAACCCCAACAUGCACCUCACCAAGUGGGACCUGCGCAGCAUGGACGUGUGGGGGCUGCUCAUGGCCAGGGACGACUACUGGCGCGGCCUCCGAGCCGCCUGGCAGCCCGCCUUCUCGCCAGCCAGCCUGCGCGGCUACCAGGCGCUGAUGGACCGGGAGGCGGUGGCGCUGGCGGGCCGGCUGCGGCGGCAGGCGGCGGCUGGCGGCGGCGGCGGCGGGGGCGGCGGCGGCGGCGGCGGCGGUGGGGACAAGGCCGGGGAGAUUGAGGUGAUGAGCGAGAUGUCGCGAGUCACGCUGGCGGUGGUGGGCACCGCAGCGUACGGGGUGGACUUCAACUCGCCCGAGUACGGCGGAUCCGGAUCCGGAUCUGGGUCUGGAUCCAAUGGAUCCACCGGAUCCACACUGAGCCUGGCCGCCAGCCUGGAGGCGUUCCGCAGCGGCCGCCAGCCGUCGUUGGUGUCGGCCUGCAACGACUUCUUCCGCACCAUGUCCCCCGCCGCCCGCUCCUCCUGGUCCUGGGCCGUGGCGCUGCCCUGCCUCCUGCCCGCCGUACGACACCUGGCGGCGGCGGCGCCCGACCCCGUGCUGGCGCUGCACAUACAGUCGCGGCAGGUGCUCCGGCAGGUGUCCACGAAGCUCAUCACAGCGUGGCGUGACUCCCACACCGCCGCCUCCGCCAACGGCAGUAGCACCAACAGCACCAGCGGCAGUAGCAGCAGCACGGGCGUGGCCCCAGGCAGCUUCCUGGGACUGAUGCUGGCGGCUCGGGACCGCUCACGAAAGGAGGGCGGAGCUGCUGCUACUGCCAAGGACGGAGCUGCUGCUACUGCCAAGGACGCGGCAGCGGCUGACGGAUCGGCAGCGGCGGCGGCGGCGACGAUGGCGCCCACUCUGACGGAUGCGCAGAUCGAGGCGCAGGUGCAGACCUUCCUGCUCGCAGGCUUUGAGACGACCGCCAACGCGCUCACCUUUGCGGUAUACCUGCUGGCCUGUCAUCCUGAGGCUGCGGCGCGGCUGCGGGCCGAGGUGGACGCCCGCCUGCCACCCCUGACCACCACCUCGGCGGCGGCGUCACCCGAGGAGGCGGGCGGCGGCUCGGGCGGCGGCGAGGCGGUGCGCAGCGAGCUGCUGACGCUGGAGACCCUGGACAAGCUGGUGUACACGGAGGCGGUGCUGCACGAGGCGCUGAGGCUGUUCCCGCCCGCACACGCGACCACCCGGGAGACAGACAAGGACAUGACGAUCCAGGGCCACCGCAUCCCGGCCGGCUCCACUCUGUGGCUGUCCAUCGCGCACCUGCACACCCGGGACGGCGUGUGGCCCGAGCCCCAGGCCUUCCGGCCCGAGCGCUUCCUGUCUCCCGACGUGCCCGGCUCGGCGCCCGAGCUGGCGGCGCGGCACCCGCACGUGCACCUGCCCUUCGGCUCCGGGCCGCGCAUGUGCAUCGGCUGGCGCUUCGCCAUGCAGGAGGCCAAGACGGUGCUGUCGAGGCUGGUGCAAGCGGUGGACUUCACCCUGGCUCCUGGACAGGCCGCGCCGCUGGACACCGUGGCGGGGCUGACACUGGCGCCGAGGAACGGCGUGUGGGUGCGACUGAGCCCGCGCGGCGGCGGCGGCAGCGGCGGAGGAGGCGGCAGGGGGCAGGAGGUGGCGACAGCGGCUGCGAAGGGCGCGGCUGUGAGGAGUGCGGCGGCUUGAGCGGGGUUGUGAGGGAGGGCUUGCUGGGGUUAACUUUGAACCAAUCCCGUAAGGAAACAGUCGCGCUGCAAGGAGAAACUGCAGCCGCAUAUGCGAGCUGUGGCUUGCUGGGGGAGGCGGCGGGAGGUGGUGAGGACAUUUUGUUGGGGAUGAGGCAGUGGGGGUUUAGGAGGAGCUGGCGUUUGGGCUCCAGGCAGGGAUACGGGGCCAUGGGGUUAGAGGAGUGAGGGAGGUGCGGUCCACAGGCUGGGCUUGCCCCAGCCCUAAAGGCUUGGGCCCCCCUGGCAUGAGGCGGGCGGCAUUGACGUGCUUGAAAGAACGCAACACGCACAAGCGAACAUGACGUUGUAGAGGGGUGUGAGGCGUGUGUGCGCUACUUGCUGGCUGCCGCGACCGCAUGUACAUAAGGGUUUACGGUAAGUGGUAGUAAGGGUUUAAACCCUAAGCAACCCUACUGGCAGGGCUUCCUGUCUAUUAGGGUUCAGGAGCGGCGGCGAGGACGGCGCAAGAGCGAGAGUAGGUCAUGGUGUAGUGGUGUGAUGAGCGCAAGAAUGGGUGCUUUAUUGUAAGGGAGCACGGUACAUGCUGGUGAUGGAAGGGACGGCGAUACGACCCUGAAGUAAAACGGUUCACGUGACCGUGUGCAUGGCGCGCGGCUACGGCAGAGGGGUGGCGCGUGAAGGAUGUGGUUUGGUGGCGAGGUUGGGGGGUGAAGCGCGGUCAGCCGCCGUGGCAUUGACUUUCACAAUUCCGCCAAUGGCUGCGGCCUACAGGUGUGUAGACUACCUUUUAAUAACGAGU